CAACAGUAGCUCUCAAAAUUCUCCCAAUAUCAAAUAACAAAAUGAAUAAUUUCAUGAACUUAUUCGCUGUUUUUGUCAUGUUUAUCCAAAUCCAAAUAGCCUUGUCUCAAGCAAUUCAGGCUCCUCCGGGAUCUAACCUUGUUCAACAACUCUGCAAAAGAAACCGUUAUCAAGCCCUAUGCAUCUCUACUCUCAAUCUUGAUCCUAGAAGCAAAACCUCAAAUCUACAAGGGCUUGCGUCGAUCUCUCUCGAUGCUACGACAAAGAAAUUCAACGUGACGUUAACAUAUCUUAUCUCUGUCCUAAAGAAUGUCACACGCCGUGAAGAAUUUGAGACAUACGGAACUUGCAUCGAGGAGUACGGUGCGGCGGUUGAUAGGUUUUUACCGGCGGUGGUGGCUGAUCUAAAGGUGAAGAAAUAUUCUGAGGCUAUGUCUGAAAUGAAAGACGUUGUGGCGAAGCCGGGUUAUUGUGAGGACCAGUUCGCCGGGCAAUCUCCGUUGACCGCACGUAACAAAGCCGCCCAUGAUAUCGCCGAUAUGACUGCUGACAUCAUCAAAACGUUGUGAAAUGUCGACUAAUUAAAAUAAUUCAAUGUUC